CCGAUGCUGACUCUUGAGUAGAGCGAUUUGGAUGAUGGACAUGACCAUUGUGCGGGACUUCUGGAAUGGGUUCGACGUCCGUCUGCUUUGUAAAUGUGCUCAUGCACCUCGGAUGUAUGAAAGAUGUGCUCAACGCGCUACACAACUGCACAUAGUCUACGCUAUAUACCGGAACACCGUGCUACAAGUAUACACAGUACAGGAGACGAAGUGGUACAGCUGUUUCACCCAAGGUGUCGUUUAUGCGAUGACAGACAUAGCAACAAGAGUACCUCUGUCUUACUUCCAAGUCUACAAAACAGCAUCUAUGGUUGCGGCAUAUCCAUCUUUAGUACGGAGUAUGCAUUUGCAUACUCCGUACAUAUGCGAGAGUAUUACUUUCUGCCUUCAUAAAUAUCGUCAGUUCAUCCCGACUGGAUCGAGGGGGCUGGCCCAAGCGGCGUCUCUACCCUCGUUCGGACGUGAACGCCCGCUCUUGUCAGGCACGCAUUCUGCCCAGCCGUCACACACGCCUAAUGACAGCAGUGGUGAAGUGGGCCUACCUACUCCGGCGUAUCUGCGCAGACCUCAGCUUCUUUCACUCUUCUUCCACGCCCUACCCCGUCGCAACCAUUUGCCAACCCUAUUCCGAGCAUGACCGAAGCUCCGUCGCGUCCUCCACUCACUUCCAACCCCCUCACCUCCCCCUCUCCGCCAAGAUAGCAUGGAUGCACUCCGCUGUUGCUGCGGCUCCCCGGAUUGCGCAUUCCUCGCCCACAACAGCACCCUUCUAGAAGGCGUGGAACGCGAUGUAGCAAAGGCCGCUCAGCUGGGCCAGGUACGGUGACCCUUCACCAAGCAGCGGACACUCCCAGUGACCCACAUGCGCCGUGAUUCUCUAUACCCGCCAUGCCGCUGACCUUUGCUUUACAGGCGCUACUGGUUCGCCAUGAAGCCUACGUUGC